UUCAAUUCUCACUGGGAUGUUCUCAUCUACUGAUGUGUCUUAUAGUUCAAUUCUCACUGGGAUGUUCUCAUCUACUGAUGUGUCUUAUAGUUCAAUUCUCACUGGGAUGUUCUCAUCUACUGAUGUGUCUUAUAGUUCAAUUCUCACUGGGAUGUUCUCAUCUACUGAUGUAUCUCAUA